GGUACGCCCAGCGUCCGUUCCAGUUGUUGUCCGCCUGCACCAACCAUCGUUCAUCGUCACGUCGAGCCAGGAGCCACCUGAAGCAUCAGGGGCAAGCAUGUCUUUGUGGCCACCGCGAUUCACAUCCUUAGCCUCGGGCUCAUCGGGAAACACAAACAGACCGCCGCCGCCUUCAAGUACAUCUCCUCCACGCCUGACUCGAGAUCAACUGCCUCCGCUGUCCCCUCGACCCGGCCAAUCUUCGAGUCCCAGACAGCAGCCACAUACACGCGCCGUCAGCCACCCGCUACCCAGGAUAUUUGGAAGGAAAAAGAGCGCUCCUGUCUUACGAGAUGUCCCUCUGGACGAGUACCUGGUUCCUGUGCUGGAUGCUGGACCACCUGGACCUUCAAAACUAGACAAGCCCAUCGGAGGUCGCAAGAAAGAUGAAGAGUUGACCACACGUCAAUGCAUGUGUUGCGACAACACAGUGCGCUUCCCUCGUGAUCUCAACGUCUUUCGUUGCACAAACUGCUUGACCAUCAACGACAUUGAACCCUACGUCAAAGAGGCCCGCGAUCCCAAGCCCUCGACAUACCCCGCCAACCAGCAUGGUCCACGACCAAUACUCCCACUGUCGGUCGAACGCAGUCGAGCCAUCAUUGAUCGCUGUCUCAUCACCUAUCUUGAAGCACGAUGCCGGAGGGCAGACGGCCCAACCUCUCCAAAGACCUCAGCACUUCCGGAUCCUUUUGUUCAUCAUGAUCCUUCGAUAAAUGCACCUCUGCUACCAUCCCCUCGCUUUACCCAGUCGCCUCCUGACACGCCUGGUUCGGCGUCGGCAACCAUGAAGAACCAAGCCGAUUUUCAAUAUUUCCCAUACAAGGCUUCACCCUCGCCGAACAAGGUUCCUUCUCGAUCAAAGACUACCGAAUCGGCAUAUACUGCUCCUCAUGCGCCUCCUGUACCACCAAUGCCAUCUCUACCGCCAAACAGAAGACCUCCUCCGCCUCCUGGUUCUCACUCUUCACCCUUUCCUGUGCGCCCUACACCUCCUGCAUCCAGCGAUCGAAACGCCCAGCGUUAUGACCGUGUAAAGGUCAUUUUCAAACCUCUCGAGGAUUAUAUGCUUUCCAGUUUUGGUGACUACAACUGUCUGAAUACUUCUUUCAGUACUGUAAGACAUACAGCUACAGUACGUAGGCAGAGCGAAAGUGCCAUUAAGACUCCCCCUAGUGAGCCAAUCGAAGGCAUUGCUCAAAGUCCAAUAGACUCUUUCUCUCAGCUGGAUGCAAAAACGCUGCUUCUUGGAGACUUUGCAGAAAAUGGCGACUGGUGGACAGGUCGUGUCACUCGCAAUCGUUCGGACAAAUCUGACAAGCGUGGGCAAAAUGGCGCGGAAGGCAGACGCUUGACUACCUCGAGAUCUCCUCACAUUGACUGGGACCAGCUUUCUCUUUGGUACGAUGUUGUCCACGCUGCUGGGCUUAGAUGGCGCGACAGAGUAGCAAACGUCAAGGACGUCGGUCAGGAGAAGGUGAACGAACACAUUCGCGGUCCUGUCAAUGCUAAGGAAAUUGACGAAGACAUUGCGGAAGCUCGGCUACAUGCAGAACGAGCGUUGCUAAAAAUCACUGAGAAUGUCUUGAAGCGCCCGACACGGCCUUUGAUUGAGCCAGAUCACAUACGAUUUCUGCUCGUGGUCCUGACCAAUCCUUCGUUGUAUCCCCCAAUGCGAACUCUAGCCAACCGGCCACCAAUGCCUCGUACUCCUUCUUCUGGGCUCAAGAGCUCAAGUCUGGCUCCACCAUCUACUUCAAGAUUUGUAUCUCCACAGAAACCACCAGGUACACCUGUUGGAAAUGAGCCGGGACAACAUGCCGGCAUACUCAAGCGUAUUUUUGGACUGAUCGCUAAUUCUUCCGAGAACUGCCAUCGCUGUCUGACCAACUGGUUCAGUAGACUGCCCGAACAACAAUUUGUCAGAAUGGUUGACUUGGUUGCGAGGUUCGUCACCUACCGGCUUUCGCGUCGUAAGAGCCGACCUCGCAGUGUCAUACCUCAAGAUGGUGGGCUCAUUCCUGAUUUAUCUGGAUCGGCAAGAAACACAUUUGCUCAACUCCAGUCAGCGACCGGACUAAGUGGCAGUGGCAGUGGAGCUGGAAGAAACAAAUUGCCUCAGAUGGAAACAAUAAGUGUGGUCGACUACAGUGAAGACUGGCAGUUGAAGGCAGCCGCCAAAAUCAUGGCAAUGUUGUUUGCUGCAAAUAACACAUGGCAGACGAAGAGAGCUGGCCUCGCUCCUGCUCAAACAAGCAUGACAUCUCUGUCUAAACCGCGCACAAAGAUGCAUGGACAAUUGCUGCCCACCUCGGACUUUUACAAUACAUUGCUUGACUACCACGAUCUUGUUGCGGACUUUAAGGCUUGGGAGUCGAAGAAAGCGAAGUUCACCUUUUGUCAAUAUCCGCUGUUCCUCUCCAUGGGAGCCAAAAUUCGUCUCAUGGAGUAUGAUGCCCGUCGACAAAUGGAGAUUAUGGCUCGUGAGGCCUACUUCAAUUCGGUCACCACGCGCAGGUCUAUUGAUGGCUACUUCCACUUACGUGUAAGACGUGAGUGUAUGGUAGACGAUAGCUUGAAACAGAUCAGCGGUGCUGUAGGAUCGGGUCCAGAAGAACUGAAGAAGGGCCUCAAGGUUCACUUCACAGACGAAGAAGGCGUUGACGCAGGAGGCUUGAGAAAAGAGUGGUUCUUGACAGUUGUCAGAGAUAUCUUCGACCCCAAUCAUGGAAUGUUCCUCUACGAUGAUGACUCUGGCUUCUGUUAUUUCAACCCAUCAUCUUUCGAGACCAGCGACCAGUAUUACCUCGUGGGCGCGCUCCUUGGUCUCGCAAUCUACAACUCCACUAUUCUCGAUGUGGCUCUCCCACCAUUUGCCUUCCGAAAGCUGCUAGCUUCGGCUCCUCCUUCGACUCAGAAUCCUACCUUCCCCUCGAGUGGCAGAAAUCAGCUCACCUAUACUCUUGAAGAUUUGGCAGAGUGGAGACCUGUGCUGGCCAAAGGCUUGCGCGAUCUUCUCGAGUUCGAUGGCGACGUCGAAGCUACCUACUGCAGAGACUUUGUCGCAAGUGUCGAGCGUUACGGUGCAGUGACAGAUACUCCACUAAAAACCGGUGGCGAAGGGAUCCCAGUCACCAACGAGAACCGUCGCGAGUACGUCGACGCAUACGUGCGCUAUUUACUCGACACUUCUGUGGCCAGACAAUUUGAGCCUUUCAAGCGCGGCUUCUUCACCGUCUGCGCAGGCAAUGCUCUCUCGCUGUUCCGUGCUGAGGAGAUUGAACUCAUGGUCCGUGGCUCCGACGAAGCUCUGGAUGUUGACUCACUAAAGGCGGUCGCUGUGUAUGAGAAUUGGCGCGAAGCAUCGCCACCACACAAGCCUUUGCCGAACCCAGCCGAUCAGGUACCUGUCAUCUCAUGGUUCUGGGACUGUUUCCGAAGUGCUACACCUGAGUCACAACGAAAACUGCUUGGCUUCGUCACUGGAUCUGAUCGUAUACCUGCUGUUGGUGCCACAAAUCUUGUUCUUCGUAUCGUCUGUGGUGGCGACGGGACAGCUGGACAAGGUCAAGAUGGUGCCACGGAUAAAGAAAGAUUUCCUAUUGCACGGACAUGCUUCAACAUGUUGGUUCUUUGGGGCUACGAGAGCAAGGAGAAACUCGAAGAGAAGCUUUGGCGUGCCGUAUCUGAGAGUGAAGGGUUUGGAUUGAAGUAAUUGGAGCUCGGUGUGUGUGUCCAGGUAGCGUAUAUCCUUCUGUCCUGUUGUAUUCAUCUACGUCUUCUUCCUCCAUCACGCUCUCUCCACUUCCACUUUUAGUGCGCUUGGCAUAUGCACCUGAGUCGCUCUUGCUAUCUCAUGUCUGCAACCCCUCAUGUCUAUCUCAUACUUCUGCCAGGUCCACUUGUAUCUCUUACCAUCACGCUCUACCCCUGUUCAUCGU